AUGUCGGCCAGUGGAUGCGAGCAGCUGGACAAGUGGACCUCCGACGCGGGCGACGUCCACUGCAUCGGCGGCACCAGCCCGUGGCUGACAAAGAUGCUUCUUCGGCGCAGCUGCGAGGAUUGGCAGGCCCGCCAGCUGAGCGAGCACGACGCCCCGUGGCUGGCCGUCGGCAUCAACUUCGGGCAGCUGCGGAAGUGGGUCGAUCGAGGACGGCCCUCCUCGAAGGUUGGCAGGAGCUGGCCCACCGCCACCAACGAGGAGCGCGGCUACCUCAGGUCGUGCAUCGUGAACGGCCAGUGGGCCAACGUUAGGAAGUUCGGCAACAACCCGAGGUAUGCCUCCUCGGAAUUCUGCGAGCUCUGCCCAGGGCAGCGGGGCGACCUCUGGCACAGGCAUCUCGAGUGCCAGGUCCUCACUCGUCUACCUGAUGGAGGCGAUCUGCCGCGGGAGAUGGCGCUCCUGCUGGCGCAGCGUGACAACCAGGGCGGCUUCCUGGGCCAUCUGCGCUGGUGCUGCGGCGAGCCAGGCGAGCCCUUUCUGCGGCCAGCCCCUGUGCUGCCGGCGCCCUGCGCGGCGCCGCACUUGCUGGCGGGCGGGGCGCCCAAGAGCAUCGAGGGCUCGGAGCUGCUGUCGGUGCUCAUCGUGCUGCGGCGCUCCAUCCCGCCCAUCGCCCUGCGCUGCGACGCCAGCUUCGUGGUGGGCGGCGUCAACCUUCGUAGGGCCGAGCGCGCCGCCCUCGCAUCCUCCGCGUGGGGGCACCUGUGGCGGCUGGUGUGGGCGGCCCUCGACGACUUCGGCGGACUCUCGGACCGCGGCCUCACGGUGGUCAAGAUGCCUGGCCAUGCGACCCUUCGCCAAGUUAGGGAGGGCGCCGACGCGCUCAAGCAGAGGCGCGGCAACUUCGAGGCGGGCCACGUGGCAGGUGGUAUCGCCGCGGCGCUUGGGCCCCCUUCCGCGGCGAGUUUGAGGCGCAAGCAGGCUGCCGUCAUGGUGGACGGUGUGGCGCGCUGGUUGGCCAAAGCUGGCACGCCAGCGGGCGCCGCCAGGGGCGACGGCGCCCAGGGCUACGUGCAGCGCGACUUCGGCAACCGCAUCGGCCUCUGCCUCACGAGCCACGUCUUCGUGACGCAGGCCGACGGCUCGUGGCGCUGCCAGGCGUGCUUCAAGACGGCGCGCACAGAGAGGUCCAAGCAGGCGCUCUUCAGGGCCCCCUGCGAGCCCAAGGCGGCGGCCUCAGGGGCCAGGCGGGCCCCCGCCUCCAGCGCCGCUGCGGGCGCCGCGCUGGCGGCCGCCGCCGUCACGGCUGCCGCCGCUGGAGGGCACGGAGGAGGUGGCAGCGCCGAGGGCGACGGCGGCGACACCAGCAGCACCGCCGCCGCGAGCGGCCCCGCCCGUCGGGCGCCUCGCAGGCCUCGUGGGCCCGCCGCGGGCUCCAGUGAGAGGCCCGCCGCCGCCGAGCGCAAGCCGUCGAGUGCCGCGGACCUCCUCGUGGCCGCGGACCUCCUCAUGGCUGCAUGGAGGGAGCGCAGGGCGAGCUUCUCUCGCGCUGGCGCCGUCGGAGGCAGCGGCGACAGGUCGCGGUCUCCUCCUGUGCGUGCUGAGCGCGGCGAAGCCAGUGCGCUCUUGGCUCCCGCCGAUGAGUCUGCCGAGGGAGCGGCUCCCGCUAUGCCGCCAGCUCCUACCGCUGCGCGAGACGAGCUCGGGCACGUGCUGCAGCGGCGCCACGGCUACGUCGUCUGCAAUCGGUGCAAUGCGUACGCGCGUGAGCGCCUUGGCUCCUUCAAGGCGCUCUCGAGCCUGCGCGUCCCAGACGAGGGGGAUGCAGGCCGCAUCCGCCGCCUCAGAG